AUGUCGGGUAAUAGGAGUGCUAUUCGUUAUAACAAAGGACCACCUUCCUUGGCCUAUCCAGGCCACUCUACAAAUGCUCGCGGACAUAGUGAAUUACGUACGCGGUUCGAGGAACUCGGUUUCAAUUAUGGUUUUGCUCGAGCAGAUCCUGGUAAGAACUCAGGAUAUUGUUUUGUAUAUCGGACUCUGAAGAAUAAACUGGAGAAGAUGGGAGCAGCUUGUACUAUCCAGGGAGAUGAAAAUGAAAUCCGCCUGACAGAGCUCGAAGGUCCCAUAGAGAGAAGGGAAAAGGUGAAGAUUUUCACCAAUGACAUUGUCAGCUAUUACAAAUUCAAUCAUCGAGCUAAAUUUAUUGCCAUUUGCAUUGAUGCAAAACAACGAAGAAAGACUGGUUACUGGUUUUUAUGCUUCGAGCGAGAAGGACAAUUAACUGUCUUCUGUGCGUACCUCAAUUGGUUAUUUGGACUAGAUGUUCAGAAUUAUUAUGAAGGACCUGAGGAGGCGCGAAUAAGUUAUGUUGAUCGACGAUCCGGAAGUGCCCAAUCGUUCUUGCUGAGUCAUGCCUCCCGACAGUCUGGAAGUGAUUCCUACUUCUCCCGAUACGAGCAGGAUGCUUAUGAUAGUGGAUACACCGAAUCAAGUAGCGAAGCUUACAGUUCCAGCACAAUGGUAGGCACUCCUUCUCUGCCUCCACCUCCCCGGAAGUUUCAAACCCCUAGAUUAUCACCCCAAAAGAGUCCUAGAAGGCGUAUUUUCAAAUUAUGGUAA